AAGCCUUAGGGAUUGGACUAAGGUUUUAAUCAUCCGUGGUUGGAGGCGGGAGGAUAACCAGGGCCUUAAGAAUAAUAGUCUCCGAGAACAAAGAAUUAUAGAGCACCCACAAAUCGUAAUCUCACCCACAGUACUCUAACGAGAUAAUUUAAACAAGGUUGAAAUUGAGCAAAGAUUGGACACAUUUUUAGAAGUGUUCUUGAGCAACACUGACAACACCAUUCUGACAGUAUUUCAUGACAAUGGAUGGUGACAGUUCUACAACAGAUGCUUCUCAACUAGGAAUCUCUGCAGAUUAUAUUGGAGGAAGUCAUUACGUUAUACAGCCUCAUGAUGAUACUGAGGACAGCAUGAAUGAUCAUGAAGACACAAAUGGUUCAAAAGAAAGUUUCAGAGAACAAGAUAUAUACCUUCCGAUCGCAAAUGUGGCUAGGAUAAUGAAAAAUGCCAUACCUCAAACGGGAAAGAUUGCAAAAGAUGCCAAAGAAUGUGUUCAAGAGUGUGUGAGUGAGUUCAUCAGCUUUAUAACAUCGGAAGCAAGUGAAAGAUGCCAUCAAGAGAAACGGAAAACAAUCAAUGGGGAGGAUAUUCUCUUUGCCAUGUCUACCUUAGGCUUCGACAGUUAUGUGGAACCUCUGAAAUUAUACCUUCAGAAAUUCAGAGAGGCUAUGAAAGGAGAGAAGGGAAUUGGUGGAGCAGUUACAGCUACGGAUGGACUAAGUGAAGAACUCACAGAAGAGGCAUUUACUAACCAGUUACCAGCUGGCUUAAUAGCCACAGAUGGUCAGCAACAAAAUGUUAUGGUUUACACAACAUCAUAUCAACAGAUUUCUGGUGUUCAACAAAUUCAAUUUUCAUGAUCUGAAGAAAUGGAAUGGAAAAUGUAGAGGAGCGAGAAUCUGUGAUUCUGGAGCAGAGACAUCAGAAGGAAAAGAAAAGAUGUCUCUUUGUACAUUAAUAGCUGUAAUGUAGCUUCCUGAUGCUUGACUAAUUGAGGUGUUAAUUCUGACUUGAGAAUCUUUUUCAUGAAUAAUUUUAAAGAAAAAAUUGGAUUUUAAAGGUAUUAAAAUAUUUUUGUUUUAUACAAGAGUUUGUUGCUCUGUAUGACUCCUGUAUGCAUUGUAUAUUGCAAUUUAUUACUGUCAGAGAUUUGUAGACAGUUUCUUAUUUUCAUAUUGAAUCAUGUUACUUUUGUAAUUCAAGUAAGCAGCUGGGUUAAUUCAUGAUGUUUGCCCUUUUAAUAAAAUAUAAGGGUAGAGUUCAUUUUGAAUGCAAGUUGCCUUUAUUAAAAAUUUGAGUCUGUCUUGGUUAUGUAUCUUGCAUGAUAAUCUAACUAGGGUUUUAGGAUUUGCCAUAUUUAUUAAAAAUUUUUUUCAGUAAAACA